AUGAUGUUAUUCAACAAAUACCAUGAAAAGGACAUUCCAGUAUGGACAGAAAUUGGGAAUUUGACUGAUUCCACCUUUGCCAAGAUGUUUGAGGAUACAGAGGAUGAAGUGUGGGAGCAAAAAUGGUUGGGGAAAAUAAACUUUGUGGAGAUCCGUUCGUUUUGGCAGAUUUUCAGAAGCUUUGAUAGAAUGUGGAGCUUUUUCAUUCUAUCCCUUCAGGCGAUGAUAAUUAUGGCAUCUCAUGACUUGGAAUCUCCCCUGCAAGUAUUUGAGGCAGCAAUACUUGAAGAUGUCAUGAGCAUCUUCAUUACUUCGGCAGUUCUUAAACUCGUACAAGGUGUGAUGCAAUUUUGCACUUAA